AUGCCUGUACCAGGCCAGUACCAGGUGCCGAUCACCAAGCGGCACCGCAGCCUCUACAGCCUGACGGACAGCUCUGAGGCCGGCCCGGACGACGAGGUGGCUGACAGCCCGCCGCACCUCACCCCCCUGCAGAAGCUCACCUCCGACAUGUGCAAGGACGAGAAGACCAUCAAGGACCUGAUCAUAGGCCGCAGGGUGGGCUUCUACAAGGUCCGCAGGGAGAUCGGCUGUGGGACCUUCUCCAGGGUCAAACUGGCUUUCCAUGCUCUGACUAAAGACAAAGUGGCCCUGAAGAUCCUGGAUAAGACCCGGUUGGACAGCCAGGCCCAACGUCUGCUCUCCAAGGAGAUCACCAGCAUGGAGUGCCUGCACCACCCAAACCUGGUGUGUCUGUACGAGGUGGUGGAGACGCCAAGCCGCCUCUACCUGGUGCUGGAGUACGCUGGAGGAGGAGACCUCCACAACAGGAUCUACACUGAGGGGAAACUGUCCGACAACACCAGCAAGAUCACAUUCGCCCAGAUCCUUUCUGCCAUCAAAUACAUGCACAACAUCAACGUCAUCCACCGGGACCUGAAGGCGGAGAACGUUCUGUUCACCAGCAGCGGCUGCGUAAAGGUGGCGGACUUUGGAUUCAGCACGCAGGUCUUGGACCGUAACGUCACCCUGGACACCUUCUGUGGCUCGCCGCCCUACGCCGCCCCAGAGCUCUUCAGGGACGAGUGCUACCUGGGGGCCCCAGUGGACGUGUGGGCCAUGGGGGUCCUCCUUUUCUUCAUGGUGACCGGCACUAUGCCAUUCCGUGCUGAGACCAUGGGGAAGCUGCGGCGCUGUGUCAUCGAAUGCGCGUACACCAUCCCCCCCUGGGUGCCGGGCCCCUGCCAGAGGCUCAUCAAGGGCAUCUUGAAGGAGGUCCCCGCUGAGCGCUACGCCAUCGACCAGAUGCUGGGCUGCGAUUGGCUCUUACCUGUGGAGUUUCCCUGGACGUUGGUGCCUCCCGAACCAACGAGCCCUCUGCAGAGCCUGCUGGACUCGGGGCGCGGGGACCUGGUGGAGGAGACGGAGGAGGAGGUCAGGAGUUUGCUGGAGGAGCUUGGUUUUACGACCGAGCACCUGCAGAACAAUCAGCCCAAAAACAGCCGCAGCGCCGUCACCGGGGUUUAUCGAAUCCUGCUGCACCGAGCCCAGAAGAGGAGGGGCUGCGACAGUCCCCCGGUGGUCCGAGGGAUGGUGAGGGACCCCAAGAGGGAGGGGCUCCGGGCCUACAAGGGCCUCAGACACACCUCCAAAUUAUGUUUGCUUUCAUAA